GCGCCAGGGCGCGAGGUUCCGCGGGGCCGCGGGCGGUCGCGGCGGGCGGCGGGGUGAUCGCCAUGUCGCCGGCGUGGUCGGUGGUGGCGGGGCUGGCGCUGCUGCUGCUGUGGGUGCGGCACCGCGGGCUGGAGGCCGUGCUGGUGCAUCACCGCUGGGUCUUCGUCUGCCUCUUCCUCAUGCCGCUCUCCAUCCUCUUCGACGUGUACUACCAGCUGCGCGCCCGCGCCGUGCGCCGCCUGCACAGCGCCCCGCGGCUCCACGGGCAGCGCGUGCGGCACAUCCAGGCGCAGGUUCGGGAAUGGAAAAAUGAAGGCAGCAAAAGGUACAUGUGCACUGGCCGGCCUGGCUGGCUGACUGUGUCACUUCGUGUUGGAAAGUAUAAGAAGGUUCAUAAGAACAUCAUGAUCAACUUAAUGGAUGUUCUGGAAGUGGACAGUGAAAGACAGGUUGUUCGUGUGGAACCUUUGGUCACCAUGGGCCAGUUGACUGCACACCUGAAUCCCAUGGGCUGGACUAUUCCUGUGGUACCAGAGCUUGAUGAUCUUACAGUAGGUGGUCUGAUCAUGGGAACUGGAAUUGAGUCUUCAUCCCAUAUCUACGGGCUUUUCCAACAUACCUGCGUGGCCUAUGAACUUGUUCUUGCUGAUGGAAGCCUUGUGAGAUGUUCACCAACUGAAAAUUCAGACCUAUUUUAUGCAGUGCCUUGGUCUUGUGGUACUCUGGGUUUCCUGGUUGCAGCAGAAAUAAAAAUGAUUCCUGCCAAGAAAUAUGUGAGAAUACAUUAUCAGCCUGUGAGAGGAUUGCAGAAGAUUUGUGAGAAGUUUACUGAAGAAUCUAAGAAAAAGGAGAAUAGCUUUGUGGAAGGACUGAUGUAUUCUUUGGAAGAAGCAGUCAUCAUGACAGGAGUCUUGACUGAUGAAGCUGAGCAAAGCAAGAUAAACAGAAUUGGCAACUACUACAAGCCGUGGUUCUUUAAGCAUGUGGAGAAGUAUUUGAAAGCUGACAGGACUGGAAUAGAAUACAUUCCCUCAAGACAUUAUUACCAUAGACAUACACGCAGUAUUUUCUGGGAGCUCCAAGAUAUUAUUCCUUUUGGCAAUAACCCUAUUUUCCGUUACCUGUUCGGCUGGAUGGUUCCUCCAAAAAUCUCUUUGUUAAAGCUCACCCAAGGAGAAGCUAUUCGGAAGCUGUACGAGCAACACCACGUUGUGCAGGACAUGUUGGUGCCAAUGAAGAGCCUUGAAAAAUCUAUCCAAACCUUCCAUCAGGACCUUAAUGUGUACCCUCUUUGGUUAUGUCCUUUCAUAUUGCCCAAUAAUCCUGGUAUGGUCCACCCAAAAGGAGAUGAAGCAGAACUCUACGUGGAUAUAGGAGCUUAUGGGGAGCCCAAACGGAAACAAUUUGAAGCCAGGGCUUCAAUGAGGCAAAUGGAAAAGUUUGUAAGAAGUGUGCAUGGUUUCCAGAUGCUGUAUGCAGAUUGCUAUAUGACCCGUGAGGAGUUCUGGGAUAUGUUUGAUGGUUCGUUAUACCACAAGCUGAGGGAGCAAAUGAAUUGCAAGGAUGCCUUUCCAGAAGUGUAUGACAAAAUCUGCAAAGCAGCGAGGCACUGAGUCUGGAUGAUCUAAUCAAGCAAUCAGGGAAAGAUGAAUUUGCCUAUAGCUAGUCAGUAUAUCCUUUUCCAAAAAAGCUUUAUUGCUCUCCAAAUAAGCUCAUUAUUGUUGAUGUUUAAAGGUAUGAAUUCCUGCUUUAUAAAUUUGUGUUUAGUAUUUCUUCGUAUGCUUUAAAACCAAUUUUCCAAACUCAAAGUGAUUGUUUUUAAGAAAUCUUAAGUGCUAGCCUUUAUAUCUAACGUGGUGACAUAGGUGAAUUCACCUAUUUCCAGGUAAUUGGAAAUAAAAAAGUAAUUGGCAAGGAUGAAGAUAACUGGCGUUCCACCAGCUGUGUACUAUAGCUACAUUUAACAUUACUUUUGAAAAUGGUAAGGAGGGCUCAGAAAUAAGUGCCAAAGCUGAAUGCAUAGUCAAAUUAUUCACGAUGUUAAAAAUAUCUGCCUCCGGUCAGGAACCUGUAGGACAGCUUAGCAAUGAUUUCAUAACCUUCCAGCUGCACAGCACUGCGUGAUGUUGCGUGACACUAUAGUGCUUGGGCUGGGCUGUCCUGUAAUCUCAACAGAGUGGUUCAACUCCCUGAAGUGGCUUCAGAUUCAAAACUGAGCAUUGAGGUGGGAAGAAAAUGCUUUUUACUUGUGCCUAUCAGAUUUGUACUGAUUUUGAUUAUAAAGUGUGAGUGGAUGUAGGGUUUGGGUACUUUCUAAUUAGUUAAUAGUGCAUUGGUUUUUGUCACAAAAUGUCAAUGUACUGGCUCCAAAAAGUUGCUGCUAUUUCAUAUAGACAAGUUUUAAUUUCAGGUUUUAUUUGUUGUGGGUCAGUUUAUAUGGAUUUUUGGUUUGGUUUGGUUUAUUUUCAGGGUGGAGGUGGUUGUUCCUUAAUUUUAGUGCCUUAUGAAUACUCAGUUGGAGGAAGACAUGGGUUAUUUCAAAUCGUUCUGUCCUGGCCGAUAGGAAAAGGAAGUCAAGGUUUUAUUUACAUGAGCAAGUGGCUAUGGAUAAGAACAACUCUGGUUGUGAAUCUUGAAAUACACAGGCUUUGGUUCUGACUCGAGUGACGUUUUUGCUUUUCAUUUUAGCUGGAUAGGCUUUGUAAAAGGACUGUUUCAGUCACCUGGAGAGGAAAUCAACAGCAAGCACUGUUCAGUUCCCCCCUCUGCUGCUUUCUGGUGAAGGCAGUGCGGCCACGCACUUCACACAGUCAAGGGUAGAAGUGUGGAAAUGUUUUGACCCUGUAGCCAGAAACACGGUUCCAAACCCAUCCCGUGUCUGGUCCAAGCAAUACUUAAAAUUGUUACUUGAAACUUUACUGAGCUCGAGAGCAAAGAAUGUAAUUUUCGUGAGGCUUGGGUCAGGGAUAACAUGCAGAAUUUUUUAAACAGUUACCAGUGGGAGGCGAUGCAAUUUUUAUAUGAGUGCUAAACCAAUGAUUUUAUUUAUUGAUAGAUGGAUGUUUAUGGUCCAGAUGAAACCAAUGAUAAAGCAGUAACAAGAAUAAGCUUGGCCUGUUACUCAGUGAUGCAUGCUGGGCAAAUUGUGUGCAAAUAAGGUACCCCUUAAAAUCCUGCGCAGGGGACUGGCAGCAGCAGCAGCUGCAGCAGCAGCCGCAGCCUGCCAAGGGGGAGACACAGCCAAUGCAGGGUGCCCGCAGUGCCACCGAGGCUGUGGAGCCGGGCAGGAGGUAGAGCUGUGUCUGUGAUCCAGGAACGUCUGCUACACCAUUCCAGGCUUUGGGGUACACAGGAAGGCAAACAUUGAUUCUCGGGGUGUAACCUGCCUUCAUGCCUCUGUGAGGGAAGUGGCACAAGAGGCAUUUCCUUGUCUCUGGGGCAAAGCUAUGAUUUAGCCUGGUGCUUGUAAGAUAAUUGCACAAAGCAAGAAUGGGUUCGGUUAGCUUUUAAAGGUUGGUAUUAGAACAGUUAGAGGAUAUGCAAAUACUUUUACUUAGGCUGUGUUUCUCUCACUUAUGUACUGAUGAUCUUUAGGUAUGCACUGUAUUUGUUUCUUCACUACUUCAUUUAUUGGCAAACUUUGUAUGAUGCGAUUGGGUACUGUAACUGUAUCAGUCACAUAUGCACAGGUAUAAUUGCUCUUAUUUUUUGGUUGUGUGGGCUGUUUAAAAUAAAGAUCCAGCCAGCGUACUCUUCA